AUGUCAACUGAUCAAUCCAUAACUGGUCAUCUUGUACAGUCAAAAUUUUUUCAACAUUUACUAUCAACGGAUAUAUAUCACAAUCAAUCACCAUCAUCCAACGAAACAGAAUCUCACUCUUUUAUAGUGAAUCCAUAUCAUGAUACAUCUUCAACAUCCUCAGUGUCAUUGAGCACUACCGAUGGAAGUCAUAGUUCAUCGAGUAGUGAGUCGACAAGUCGUCCACAUAGUCCAAAAACAAUCAAUGAACAAUUACAAUUUAUUGUAAGAUCAAGGCGAAAACGUAAUUUUAUAUCGAAUGAAAAAAAAGACUCUAAUUAUUGGAAUCAACGUCUAAAAAAUAAUAUGUCAGCAAAAAAAUCGCGAGAAAAACGUCGUGUCAAUGAUUUAGUAUUAGAAACAAAAUUAUUAGAAUUAAAUACUGAAAAUCAAUUAUUAAAAGCAAAAUUAGAAAUGUUAACAAGAAAAUUUGGAAUUAUUGAUAAUGUAAAAGAACAAAACAUAUCUCAUAUAUUAAAUAUGUUAGAAAAUGAAUCCUCAACAUUGUCUACUUAUCGUUCACCACUACCAUCCAAUUUUACAAAUGAGUCAAAUGAAGUACUUAGUCAUUCAGAUGAUGAUCAUGAUUCACCAAUUCACAUAGAAAAAAUAUCAAUGUCACAAAUCGAUCAACAUUCAUUUCCGUUAAAAUGGAGAUUUAAAAUGUUAAAUAUGUCACAUAAUGAAUAA